AUGUAGUUGAACAGUGAUUACCCGAAAUGCCACAGCGUCCGGUAAAUAGCAGGCGGGGAAUAGGAAAAGAACCACCAUGCGAGGAUUCAUCCUGCGAUUUUUGACAGCUUUUUGAUUCUAAAACGAUUUAAUGGGGUGCAGUAACAGUUGAGCAGCACUGGAUUUAUUUAAAGAAGAUGACAGGUUUUCUCCAAGUGUGUUCUGAGUAAAGACAACAGCGCGGAUUUGGCCCUUACGCGGGCAUCUAUUCAAAGCUAACUAGCUAGCGUGAUAGUGGGGAUGCUCGCUGAGCGUGUUCAUGUGUGGUUGAAGUACAAAUAACCUGUCGGUGUUACAUGUGUGCCUCCUGAAAUACAAUGUCUGGCUUUAACUUCGGAGCAGGGACUCUUGGUUCCACCAACGCGGGUGGGGGAUUCUCAUUCGGGGCUGUAACCAGUGCACCUGCGGCCAAUACUGGUGGCUUCUCCUUUGGAACUGCUUUGGGUACAGCAGCUCCAACCCCUGCUGCCUCCACCACCAGCACCACAGCAUCCCUUGGCCUAGGAGGCAGUCUCUUUGGUCAGAAACCUCCUGGGGGAUUUUCUUUCAACACACCUGCCUCAAGUGCUGCUGCACCCACUGCUGGCCUUACAUUAGGUGCCCCAGCAUCUACAGCUGCCUCCACUGGCUUCAGCUUGGCCUUCAACAAGCCCACUGCAUCAGCAACACCUUUCUCCCUCACCACCACCUCUACCACCUCGUCAGCUCCUGCUGGGGCAGGUUUAUCAUUUGGCUCUGUCCUGACCUCCACUGCUCCACAGCAGCCAGCUGCCGCCGGCUUCACCCUCGGUCUUGGCGGUUCAACAACGACAGCAGCCGCAACAGUCCCCUCACUGGGCGGGGGUCUCUUCUCCAACACUGUGUCUGCAGGUUUGGGUCAGACUGCUCUUGGAGGAGGAGGUUUAACGUUAGGUUCUUUGUUAGCUACCUCUACGGCAGUGUCAGCGGCUCCAGCUCCCAGUGUUGGUUUAGGUGGGGUCGACUUCAGCACUUCUUCUGAGAAUAAGAGCGACGCAUCAUCUGGAACCAAUGCACAGGACAGUAAAGCUUUAAAAGAUGAGAACCUGCCUCCGGUCAUCUGUCAGGAUGUCGAGAAUUUCCAAAAAUUUGUGAAAGAACAGAAACAGGUUCAAGAGGACAUAAGCAGGAUGUCAUCUAAGGCCAUCUCUAAAGUUCAAGAUGACAUCAAGAACCUCAAACAGCUUCUCUCUGUCAGCGCCAGCGGUCUGCAGCGACAGGCUCUGGCCAUUGACAAGCUGAAGCUGGAGACAGCACAGGAGCUGAAAAAUGCUGACAUAGCACUGCGUACACAAAAGACUCCCCCUGGACUUCAACAUGAGAACACUGCUCCAUCAGAUUAUUUCCGUAGCCUGGUAGAGCAAUUUGAGGUGCAGUUGCAGCAGUACCGGCAGCAGAUAGAAGAGCUGGAGAACCACCUGACAACGCAGAGCAGUGGCUCCCACAUCACACCUCAGGAUCUGACUCUGGCCAUGCAGAAGUUGUACCAGACAUUUGUUGCACAAGCUGCCCAGCUCCAGUCUGUCCAUGAGAAUGUCAAGAUCUUGAAGCACCAGUACCUUUCCUAUCGCCGGGCCUUCCUGGAAGACUCCACAGAUGUUUUCGAGUCCAAACGGGCAUCCAACAGGAAGUGGCAGAGUGCACCGCGAGUCACAACUGGGCCUGCCCCAUUCUCCAGUGUGCCAAACGCUGCAGCGGUUGCCAUGGCAGCCACAUUGACCCAGCAACAGCAGCCAACUCCAGGGACCCAGGCACCCUUGGGGGCAGGGUUUGGAAACCCCUUUGCCUCGGCAGUUGGCACUAGCUUGGGCUCCUCUGCUCUUGGAGGUUUUGGUGGUGGGCCAGGAUUUGGUGGGGUGGGGACUGGGGGUUCUUCUUUUGCCUUCUCCUCCACCAGUAAGCCCACAGGAGGCAGUCUGAGUGCAGGUUUUGGCAGCAGCAGCAGCUCAGGCUUUAACUUCAGUAACCCUGGCAUCAACCCCUCGGCCGGCCUGACCUUUGGUGUGUCUAAUCAACCCGCGGCAGGCUUCGCCACAGGAGGGCCCCUGCUCCAGCUCAAGAAACCCCCUGCCGGUAAUAAAAGGGGCAAGAGAUAGAGCCAAGGAAAGACAGAACCCUGCGACUGACCAGCUGACCAGUUUGUCGUUUGUAGCGUGUAAGGCCUGGUCUCCCAAAAGCAUACAAGCGCUAUAAUCAUCCUAUCCGACUACACAGCAAAGAAAAUGUACAUUGGAGGAUUUUUUUUAAACCAUAAGCAGCAUUAUUUUUAUAACAUACAUCGGUCUGUAUUGUCCACUGUCCCACACUGAUUUGGUUCCAUUCCAUCUGAUUCCAGAUUGCUAAGUCGUUAGCCGUUUUUCAUUGUCAGAGUUGAUGCAGAAUUGGCCAUAUAUCAGAGGUUCCUAGUGGACCCAUUUAUAUAAUGAAAUUGCAUUACUUGGGUCUAAGGAAUCUGCUUUAAACCAAAGGUAAAGGGUAUCACUCACCACAUAAUGCCAGACAUUUGGAAUCAUUUUUUUAAGGACAGCAGAAGUAAAUGGCUAAUUCUUUUUGGCAGUUCCCAUGGUAGGGAACGUGGGACCAAAUCAAUAUCGUAGACAGUGGCAUGUAAGGAAAGGUUAAACAUGGUGUUUGUUUGCAUAAUUUUAAGCAUGAACUUGCCCAUAUGCAUUGCCUGAAAUUUUUGCCUGCACCCAGCGACAUGUGGCGCUACAAUGCUUUUGGGAAUGCCAGCAGAGGACAGAGCUGGGUCAAAUUCAUAUUGUUUCAUUUACCUGUGAGGACUUGCUUUAGUCUGAAUAUUGUACAAGAUAGAUGUGUUUUUGCGCUUUGAGGUGGACAUUGGAGUUGGUUCCAUUGUGUUACACACUCUGUCAAUCCCAGAACUGCACUUGAAUGCCUCUCAAAUGAUGACUUGGCUCAAGUCUCGUCCAGGGAAGAUAAGGUAAAGGGUAAGAGACUUUAGGGGUAAUAGUUGGUUGGGAACAGCAUGGUCCUGGCCCUAAGUUGUCGAUGCGGCGUAUUAUCUGAUCCUAGAUAGUUUUAUAGGCACAGGAGAGUGUCCAGGGUGGGUUUUUGGGGAAGCACAGUUUUAUUUUUGUAACAAGUGGAGAGAGAGAUAAGGGGUAAAAGGGGACUAGCACCACGGGAUAGUCCAUUAUCUAGUCCACAUAACCUGUGUUGUUUUUGCUAUAAUCCAUCCUUAUUGUUUAUUAAUUACUUUUUUUUUUUUUAGUUUGCCCCUGUGUACCAAUCUAAGAUGUUGGGAAAGGAAAUGCUGUGCUGUGUAUUACAUGGCUCCCUACAGAUGUUAAAUUAGUUGAAUCUUAAAGGGAUUUCACAUGCAGAUUCUACGUACUCAACUCAAUUUAUACAUGUGCUAGAACAAAUUUGCACUUGCCGGUGUAUGUGACCUGACAGUGAUUGUGUGAAUGUGCAUGUGUGCGUAUUGCACAAGUAUGAAUUUGUCUCUUUGGUCUAUCAUACUGUAGUUGCUGACUUAUUUUGAGCAUCGGGUGUGGUUCGGGGAUCUGCUUUUUUUAAUUGUCCAUGUCAGUUCAGUUACCAAAUACUGGUAGUUGUACUAUUAUUUUCUAAUCACACUCUGUGUAAACCUGUAUUUUCAAAAAGCUGUUUAAUAAUAAAAUCUUCAAUAUGAUGUUUUGCCUGUUCAUGGCAUCACUUCAAUAAAUGUGUGUGUUGACACAGA